AAAUGUGGCAUGUUAUCUCCACUAACUAGGAGCAAAAGCAAGUUCUUAAUUAGUGCGAAACAAUACAAUUGUUUGUACACUUUUAGAAAUAUAUUGCGGUUAAUUGAUCUUCGGCGGAGAUAUGUGCGGUGUAGUGGACAUUAUAAAGCAUUUAUUUUCAAAUACGUUGGCGAGCAUAGAGAAACCGAAGGUGAGAGUGGUGGAUGUCGAUCUGAAAGGUGAGGAAGAUGGGGUUUACACUUAUCUGGUUAAGCUCAAUGUUUCAAAUCCUUACUGUAUACCUAUUCCACUCAGCGAGAUCCAGUACGCUCUCAAAAGUUGCGGCAGCUUGAUAGCGAACGGGACAAUCCCAGACAUAGGAUCACUCAAAGCGAAAGGUGACACCAUAUUAUAUGCGGAGAUUAAUUUGCCACACGGUGCGUUGGUAACCUUGGUCCAAGAUAUCACUGAUGAUUGGGACAUUGACUACGAGCUUGAUGCCACGCUGGUUAUAGAUUUCAUUUGCGAUAUCAAUAUACCUAUAACUAGCAAUGGUGAGAUCAAGCUUCCUUCGGUCGUCGACUUGUUUCCUAAUUAAAUAUGUGUGAAAAAAAAUAAAAUAAUAACACCAAUCUCGUGAUCACAUGUUUUUCAAUUAUGUUUUAAUUUGUAAUCCUUUAUGAGUUCUCGAAUGAAUGAUAAUUUGUAAAUGGUGUUAUAUGCAAACUUGUAUUCGUUAUCAAACAUGUAUUUAAUUUGUUUCAAAAUUUGUAUUUC